AAGAAGCUUAACAACAACAAUAACACAUUAGCCCACUCUUCUGCUUCUUCUUCUUCGCUCGCCAUCUUUUUUUUGUAUAGUCAACCAUUUUCUUCUCUCUCUCUCUCCAAUUCCAAACCUCCGUAAGAAACGACCUGGAAAAAUAAAAUAAAGAGAUGAUCAGUGAUCGGUCGGAGUUCCGAGUUCAGAUUCGGAGAUUAAUUGUGGUUAUGAUCAGAACGAUCUACAGAUGGAUUUGCAAUCAUCCCUUUCUUCUGGGCUUCGUUGGUUUUUUGUAUUUCCUGCAUAGAUAUUGUCCGCUUCUGUUUUCUCCGUUGGUGACUGCAUCUCCUGUUUUGGUGUGUACUUUUGUUUUGCUUGGCACGAUUUUGAGUUUUGGAGAGCCAAACAUUCCUGAGAUCGAAAAAGAAGAACCUGAAACUACUACUCUCCACGAGGCUGCUGCUCUUUUUAGAACAGAGGUAUCGAGAGAUGCUGGUAAUGCUAAUGCUACUGUUUUUGAGAGAGGUGAUAAGAGUUUUACGGUUGAGAGUUUUGUGAGCAAGGAGGAAGACGUAGUAGUUGAGGAUGGGAAUGAUGAUGAUACGGAUAGAGUUGGGGAAAGCUUACUCAGUGAGGUUGAGGACGAUGUUCGACCGUUUGAUUACAGGCCUUUGGUUGAUGAGACUCUUGAUGAGGUUAAACGGGAUACUCAGGUCAGGUUUGAGGAAAAAGCAUUUAUUUUGGAGUUGGACAAGAGGGGUGAAAGAGUUGAGGAUAGACUGAUUGACAAUGAUGGGAUGCUUGGUUCGGUUGCAGAACGAUCAAUCGGUGGAUCUUUAGAUGAUAUGGUUGAUGAUUCGAAGGAAGAUCAGUUGGAUGUAUCUCCAGUUUCACCUUGGAGACCAAUGAGACAUGAGGAGGAUGAGGAUGAUGAUGCGGACCGUGAUGACUCGCUGGAUUCUGAGUCUGAUGGUGCUGAAAGCUCUUCACCUGAUGCUUCUAUGACUGACAUCAUCCCGAUGCUUGACGAGCUUCACCCGCUUUUACACUCAGAUGCCCCAGGUCGUGGUAUCGCAGAUGGUGAAGGAUCAGAUGCAUCUUCAGAGGGGCCACACAGGAGUAGUAGUGAUGAAGGGAUGGAGUCUGAUGUUGACAGUGAAAGUCAAGGAGAAGAAGGCGACAACGAGAAUGAUGAGGAGGACGAGGAUGAUGAAGAAGAAGAAGAAGAAGAGGAAGAAGAGGUAGAGAAAAAGAAGGAAGAUAAGGACGAUGAAAGUAAAUCAGCAAUCAAAUGGACAGAGGCUGACCAAAAAAAUGUUAUGGAUCUAGGAAGUCUUGAACUUGAAAGAAACCAACGGUUGGAGAAUCUUAUUGCCAGGAGAAGGGCUCGCCACAACAUGAGACUGAUGGCAGAGAGAAAUCUUAUUGAUUUUGACAGUGCUGAUAUUCCCUUUAAUAUGCCGCCCAUCUCAACUGCAAGGCAGAAUCCGUUUGAUGCUCCGUAUGAUUCCUAUGACGAUAUGGGAUUACCACCUAUCCCUGGAUCUGCCCCGUCCAUCAUGUUUGCGAGGAGAAACCCAUUUGAUCUUCCAUAUGAGCCAAAUGAAGAAAAGCCAGACCUCAAGGGUGACGGUUUCCAGGAAGAGUUUUCUUCUCAACAACCAAAGGAUGCAGUGUUCAGAAGACAUGAAAGUUUCAGUGUGGGCCCAUCGAUGCUUGGAGGUCCCAGGCAUGAUAGGCUACGACCCUUUUUUGUGCUAGAAAGAUUAGCAAAUGAGGGAUCGAGCUACUAUCCAUUUGAAAGGCAGCUCAGUGAAGUUAGUGAGUCAAAAUUAAGUUCUGUUCCUGAUACUGAAUCUGUGUGCACAGUACUGGAGGAUGACGAAAAGAAGGUGGAUGCUGAUCGAGAAACCGAAAUCGCUAAAGAUGAUGUGGCUUCUGACAAUGAUGAAGAAAAAAGCCAUUCAGCUUCUGAUCAUGAUGAAGAAAAAAUCCAUUCAGCUUCUGAUCAUGAUGAAGAAAAAAUCCAUUCAGAAAAAAGCCACUCGUCUGAAGAUUCUGACUUCGAUGAACAAGCUGAUAGCAGGAAUCUUCAUCAUGAUGUGGCUGAGAUAAUACUGGGACGUGCAGAAACACACCAAGAUCAAUCAAACAUAAUGGAAGGAGAAACUUCUGAUAAGAGAAAACUUGAUGAAGAGGAGUCCAGUGAUAGUGAUUCAUCUUUAUCAGAGAAAGAAGAAAAGAUACCGGAUAUUAGUGAAGAUGAAGCAAUGUCGAUUUCGGAGCGGAAAGUUGAUCUUCAUGAAGAAUCAGGUGCUUCUUCCAAUCCUUCUUUUGGAGAAUUAGAAGUCCAUGAGGUAAGGGGGAUGGAGGAUGAUUAUCACCAUGAUGGACCUCGUGCUGAAGAAUCUUUCAUUACUGCACAUCCCUCGCUUGAUGAGUCUGCAUUCCAAGCUCUUUGUGGUUUGGUGGACGGCCACCACGAAGAACCUGUUUACGAUUCGAGUCCUCCCUCAGGCAGUAGAUUCCCAUCAUUUUCUUCUGUAUCAUCUGAUUACAAACCAGAACUACCUGGAAAGAAUGGGGAAGAAGUAGAAGAAAAUGAAGAACGUGAAGUUUAUUCUGAAAGUAUAGGUCAUGUGGAAAUUCAUUCCACUUCUGGUGAGACUGAAACAAGUACAAGGGAAGUAGGAGAGACUAGCACACAUGUUACAGGAGAGGUUGGAAUUGAUGGUCAAAAUAACUCAACUGUUUCAGGGUCUGAAUUUGAGGAUGCCAUUCUUGAUCCAUCUUCUCUGACUUUUAAUAUGAACGAGAAUGCUGAUCACCAGGAGGAUGAUCCUUUAUCUGUGUCUAGUCAAGUUGACCUGGAAGAGCUGCAUGAAGAUGUGAGAGAGGCUGUAGAUACCAGAACGCAAGAUGUUAGUGCAUCUUUGGUGGAAUCUGUUUCUCCUACAGAAGAGGAAGUAGUAUCUACAGGGAUGGUUGAACAACAUCUCCCAAUUGAGAAUACAUGUUCACCUUUAGGAUCUGGUGAUACGAGGGAGCAUGUGGCAACACUGGAAGAAUCACCUGAUGUGGUACAUGACAUAGCUGAAACUUCUGUAAACAGGUCAGUAGCUGAAGAGAUAGUGCGCGAGGAAGAACAAGCAGGGAAACAAAAAGAUGAAGCCAGUCCUCAAACAUUCAACGCAGACAUCCCAAUAGACAGCUAUGCCACUUUGUCUUCUGGAGCAGUUGAGUAUGUUGAGACACAUUCAUUUAAUGACGAAGAUGUUCUGCAAUUGGAACAGGAACCAGUUCAUUCAUCAGUUCCUGAUACAGAGGAAGAAACUCACCCUGACCAAACAAUGGAUAUCGAAGUAGACUCUGUAAAUGCCAGUGCCCAAAAUGUGGGAUCUGAAGAAACAACUCCAUCUGAGUCAGAUAGAGAACUGACCUGGUCAGAUAAAUCUGUGGUAGAACAGUCAUCUCUUGAACCUGGUGAAGAUGAAGUACCAACUCGUGCAGGUAGUGUUGUCUUUUCCCGCAACAUCACCUUCCAUGAGUAUCACGAUGCUCCUGAAGAUACAGAGGAGUUAUCUUGUUUGACGUCUGAUGCAUCCUCAUCUCCAGCAGAAUCUCCUGAGUACACGACACCUAUGGUUGGUGAAGGCUCAAGGGCAGAGUUCUUUCGAGAUGGUGUUUAUGAGGAGCUUGACUAUGUGGUGGAACGAUUAGAUCAGCUUCCAGACUUGCAUGCAAUACCUCAAAGUCCUCCUGAAGUUAUCACGGAAGAGGCAGACGAGAUCAAAGAGAUUGAUGAAGGAUUAUUAUCUGAACUUGAUACGAUUGGAGACUUUAGUAUUAAGGAAGUUGUGACAUAUUCUGAACCUGGGCCAUCUUCAGUAGGACCAGACACUGCCAACGAAUUGACCGAAGCUCUGCCUGUUCUUGAAGCGAGAUCGGUUGAAGACAUAGAUUCUGCUUUCCAGCAGAUCCAUGAAGGAUCUGAGGUUGAGGAUGUUAUUCUUCCAAGCGCCGUUCAAGAUCAGUUGGCUCAAGAAAAUUAUGGAAAUUCGACAGAGACCAAUUCAGAUUUAGUAGUUGUGGAGGCUACAUCGAAGGAAGAUCUAGAUACUGCUAUGAAUCAGUCUGUUGUAGAAAGCAUGGGCGUGCAAAUAAAGUCACCUGAAUCAAAUGGUGGGUCUGGAGAAACCAAGUGUGCAGUUGAAACCGAACCAUCAGAGUCCUUGGUUAAAGAAAGAUCUCUUGAUGAUACAGCUGUUCCUCUGAACAACACACCCGAAAAAGAAGAAGAAAAAGAAGAGGAAAGUAGACCAAAAGAGAUAACCACAUCUGACGUCUUGCCUGUUGAAACUCGAUCCCUGGAGGAAAUUCCCAAGCCUUCUGAACCAAAAGCGGAGAUGUCAAUGGAAGUGAUCUCUGAAAGAGUGGUGAUUCCCACAGAAGCCGCUGGUCCUAGUAAUGUAACGCCAAGUGAUGAAGUUGUGAUAACCACAUCUGACGUCUUGCCUGUUGAAACUCGAUCCCUGGAGGAAAUUCCCAAGCCUUCUGAACCAAAAGCGGAGAUGUCAAUGGAAGUGAUCUCUGAAAGAGUGGUGAUUCCCACAGAAGCCGCUGGUCCUAGUAAUGUAACGCCAAGUGAUGAAGUUGUGAUAACCACAUCUGACGUCUUGCCUGUUGAAACUCGAUCCCUGGAGGAAAUUCCCAAGCCUUCUGAACCAAAAGCGGAGAUGUCAAUGGAAGUGAUCUCUGAAAGAGUGGUGAUUCCCACAGAAGCCGCUGGUCCUAGUAAUGUAACGCCAAGUGAUGAAGUUGUGAUAACCACAUCUGACGUCUUGCCUGUUGAAACUCGAUCCCUGGAGGAAAUUCCCAAGCCUUCUGAACCAAAAGCGGAGAUGUCAAUGGAAGUGAUCUCUGAAAGAGUGGUGAUUCCCACAGAAGCCGCUGGUCCUAGUAAUGUAACGCCAAGUGAUGAAGUUGUGAUAACCACAUCUGACGUCUUGCCUGUUGAAACUCGAUCCCUGGAGGAAAUUCCCAAGCCUUCUGAACCAAAAGCGGAGAUGUCAAUGGAAGUGAUCUCUGAAAGAGUGGUGAUUCCCACAGAAGCCGCUGGUCCUAGUAAUGUAACGCCAAGUGAUGAAGUUGUGAUAACCACAUCUGACGUCUUGCCUGUUGAAACUCGAUCCCUGGAGGAAAUUCCCAAGCCUUCUGAACCAAAAGCGGAGAUGUCAAUGGAAGUGAUCUCUGAAAGAGUGGUGAUUCCCACAGAAGCCGCUGGUCCUAGUAAUGUAACGCCAAGUGAUGAAGUUGUGAUAACCACAUCUGACGUCUUGCCUGUUGAAACUCGAUCCCUGGAGGAAAUUCCCAAGCCUUCUGAACCAAAAGCGGAGAUGCCAAUGGAAGUAAUCUCUGAAAGAGUGGUGAUUCCCACUGAAGCCGCUGGUCCUAGUAAUGUAACACCAAGUGAUGAAGUUGUGACCGAGGAAGCGAAAGGUGAGACUGAGAGCAAAGCAGAUGCGAAUUUACAGGGUCCUGAGUCCAAAGAAACCCCAGCGAAAUUGGAGGAAAACAUUGCAGAGCAAAAAAGGAAAGAAGGAGAAGAAGAAGAGUAAGUCCAAUUCUUCAAGCUCGAGCACAAGCUCAAGGUCUAGUUCGAGUGACUCAGACUGAAAAAUCGAAGGGUAAUACAUCUCAACUCAAGUAAAUAUAUCUUUGUGACAUGGUAAUGAUAGGGCACUUCUGGAGUUUUGUGUUUUUCAUUAGACUGUGUGCUCUGUUUUAAAAGGGGCAAGAAGAAAGCCGCUAAUCAUAUUUUUGUGUACCAAGUUUUCUCCUUUGUGUUGGUUUUUUGUUUGUCUGUGUUCCCUUUUUCUCUUCUUUCCAGCUUUCAUAUUUAUUGAUUCGAUUGAUUUGUAUCUCUUGAAACUAUUUUGAAGUUUUUCAGGGUUUUUGGUUUGUGACUUCAAAUAUUUUCUCCUCUGUUUUUUUGGGGUGGGGUUUGUUCUAAAUUAUUUUUGUAUUGGAAUUUGAGAAAUGUGAAGUGUACUGCCGUUUGGGUUUUCCUAUGAGCUUUGUAAAAUAAAUGGACUCUAUCUGCGACGGUAAUGCUGUUGAACUGACUAUAUUUUUUUGGUGGUUCCAUAUUCAGUUGUAAAUCUAUUAUUUA